UCGUAUCAUGAUUUCGGUGUUUAAUCCUCUCUUGGUGCGAAUGCUUUCAAAGGCCGAUGCGUAACAUUUUGAUGGCUCCGAUGAGAUGCCUGCUUCUUUCAACACACGGUUGCGGCAAAUCUCUGUUUUGGGAUAACAAAACUCGUGCUCGUGGCUGCAGCAAAGCCAUUAGAAUUUUAUGCAAACAGUAUCUAGUACUUCCGUACAUAUACAAGCUAUUGCAGAGGUGCCUAGCAGACGAAUCAACUCGCUGUAAAGUUGCACAGGCCAACCGAUUUAGCGCCACUGCAUCAUGUACACUACAUCGUCCAUUAACCACAUGUCAGUAGUCCCGCCACUUCACCACUUCGAUCCCAUCCUCGUGACAAAGCCAUCAAUCAAAAUGGCCACUGACAAAUCGCCAAGUCGAGUCGCUAUAUACGUCAAAGUCACUGAUAUCGAGGGCGAUUCCCUCUGGAGACACAUCACGCUAGGACAAGCGUUCUGUUCUAAUGUACUCCUGAGAGACUUCCGCUAUCAGAUCCAACCCGAUGGGUACGACACUUGCCAUUUACCUCCGAACUUUGACUCCAGCCAUGAUGUGCAUGCCUAUUUUCUCUUCGAUCUAGGCGUGACUGGACGUUUAUCCUGGGAAAAUAUAUCGCAUUCUGUUUAUCUUGCUAGUCGAGCGCAGGGGAAAUGGGAUUUCAUUGCUCGCCCAUCCGUCAUUGACAAAGCUAAGCAACGAGCGCAAAAGUAUCCUUGGGGAGGUGCAUUGGAGCUGGAGGUAUUUGCAGAGCUGAAGGCGUUUGAAGAACCCCCAUGUCUUCAGGAGAAAUCUCAUCAUGGCAUUUGA